CUUCAGCAGUCCUCAUUGGUGAAUUAGAGUUGCCUGUAGCUUUUUAACAAGUUUUUGUCUUGAGAUCAAGUAUAAUCCAUGCUGGAAUUACUGCCCUGUGAAUUCCAAGCUCAAGGCAAAAGUAGGGUAAAGGUAGAUACAAAACAGAAGCAAAGAAAUAAAAUCCGAAGGAGCUGCAAAUGGAGGGGGGGUUCGGUCUUUUCUUUAAAGAAGAAGUACCUGAAAAUUUACUUCUAUGCACUGAACAAUAAGUUGUUUGGUUUAGUAAUUUUCCAGCAGAAAAGGAACUGUAUAUGAGACUUUCAGACUAUCAAGCAGAAGGAAAAGCAGCAGCCCAAAACAUAUCUCACCUGAUUUAUGAAAACAGGAACCACAUCGCUAGAUGAUGGAAGAAAAAAACUUUAUAAAACAUGGGAAUAAGGAUACUACACAUCUACAACUGUGAGUCCGAAUAAAAAAGAAAAUUUGUCAAAAGAUCACUAUGCUCCAACUUGCAAAUCUCUGCAUGUUAUGGUGUGAUAAUAAUUUGGAUGUGGUGGUGAGCCCUACAUAAACUGAAUGUCUUUGUAGUCGAUAAACCUUUUCAAAACAACAGAUUGAAGAACAAAUAAACUAAGAAAGAUAUUUUAGGUGACUGUGGGGAUAGGAGAUGAGAUGCUGAGAGAUCUUUUGGGGAAAUCCAGGCACAGGUGAAGGAAAACGUGGCAUGAAAAUUGGAACAUCUGAGGAACCAGAGAAGAAUCUGAAGGAGGAGAAAGCCACCAGGAAGUGAAAGAGUAUGGCAGUGAUGAAGGAGAUUCUCCGAUCCAGAAAUCUCUUGCUCGUUGUUCUCAUUCCACUUCUGCUUCUUCCUCUGCCGCUCAUAUACCCCAGCAGUGAAGCCUCGUGUGCCUACGUGCUUGUGGUGACAGCUGUGUACUGGGUCUCUGAAGCAGUGCCUCUUGGGGCAGCAGCCUUGGUUCCUGCUUUCCUCUACCCUCUCUUUGGAGUCAUGAAGUCCAGCGAGGUGGCUGCUGAAUAUUUCAAGAACACAACUUUGCUCCUCAUGGGCGUGAUUUGUGUGGCAGCUUCUGUAGAAAAGUGGAAUCUCCACAAGAGAAUUGCCUUGCGCAUGGUGAUGAUGGCUGGAGCCAAGCCAGGCAUGUUGCUCCUUUGCUUUAUGUGCUGCACCACGGUGCUCUCCAUGUGGCUUUCCAACACCUCCAGCACAGCCAUGGUGAUGCCAAUCGUGGAGGCAGUGCUCCAGGAGCUAGUGAAUGCUGAGGAGGAGUGCGAGGUCAUCACGACUGCAGGCAGCACCGUUGCUGAAGACAACAAGCCAAUAGGUCUCGGUGAAAAGCAUGGCCAACCUUCACUGGAGCUUAUCUUCAUCAAUGAGGAUGCUACUACUACUGACUUCAGCUCCUUGAUGCACUCAAAGGUAUUGUCACAGAGCAUGAAUGGUGUGCAUAUGAUAGCCAACCCAAUUGGAACAAUGAAUUCUACGAGCAAUGGGCAGCACCUACCUCAGGCUCAGAUCCUGGUCCUGCCUCCUGAGUCCCCGGAGCUCGGCCUGAGCACCAAGUACCGGUACCAGACCAGACAUGACCACAUGGUCUGCAAAUGCCUCUCACUGAGCAUCUCCUAUGCAGCAACCAUUGGGGGGCUGACCACCAUCAUUGGCACCUCCACCAGCCUCAUAUUCUUAGAGCACUUCAACAACCAGUACCCAAAAGCUGAAGUGGUGAAUUUUGGAACCUGGUUUCUGUUCAGUUUCCCCAUCUCCCUCAUCAUGUUGGUGCUGACUUGGUUCUGGCUGCACUGGCUGUUCUUGGGUUACAAUUUUAAAGAGACCUGUUCUGUGAGCAAGAAGAAGAAGACCAAACGGGAAGAAAUGUCAGAGAGAAAAAUUCAAGAGGAAUAUAAGAAACUGGGAAAUGUUAGCUAUCCCGAGAUGGUGACUGGAUUCUUCUUCAUCCUGAUGACCUUGCUUUGGUUCACUCGUGAGCCUGGCUUUGUCCCAGGAUGGUCAUCGUUUUUUGAGAAGAAAGGUUACCGGACUGAUGCCACUGUCUCUGUAUUUCUUGGGUUUCUCCUUUUCCUGAUUCCAGCAAAAAAGCCAUGUUUUGGAAAAAGGAAAAAAGGUGAGGAGGAUGCAGCAAGAAAGAGAGCUGGAGAUGGUGAAAAGUCAACAGACAUUAACAGCCUGGAGCCCAUCAUUACCUGGAAGGACUUCCAGAAGACCAUGCCCUGGGAGAUUGUAGUGUUGGUUGGAGGGGGUUAUGCCUUAGCAGCUGGAUGCAAGACCUCUGGCCUCUCUACAUGGAUUGGACGUCAAAUGCUCUCCCUGAGCAGCCUUCCCUACUGGGCUGUAACUCUGCUGGCUUGCAUUUUGGUGUCCAUGGUAACAGAAUUUGUUAGUAAUCCAGCAACCAUAACCAUCUUUCUGCCUAUUUUAUGCAGCAUGUCAGAAACACUGCUCAUCAACCCUUUAUACACCCUGAUUCCUGUCACCAUGUGCAUCUCAUUUGCGGUGAUGCUGCCAGUGGGUAACCCUCCAAAUGCCAUUGUCUUCAGUUAUGGGCACUGCCAGAUCAAAGAUAUGGUGAAAGCUGGCCUGGGUGUAAAUCUGAUUGGCCUGGCUGUUGUCAUGGUGGCCAUCAACACAUGGGGAAUUAGGCUCUUCCAGCUGAACACCUUUCCAGAAUGGGCAGCAGUCAGCAACAUCACAAGCCAAACGUAAUCUUCAAUGAAAAAAAAAGCAAAGGUGCAAGACCAAAGCAAGUUGGGACAAAAUAUUGUGCCUACAUUUCACAUAGGAAAGAAAGAAGGAAACUUGUGUAUAGAGAGAACCAGGAUCCAUUGUAAAACCAUGAAGAAAAUCCACAGGGAGGUCUUCUGCAACAGCUUUUCUGUUCUGAAAAUCAGAGUUAAAAUGAGAGAUUAGCUUUGCUCUGUUGUUGCUUUCUCUGGGAUACCAUAACUCAGAAAAAAUCCACUCCUCCAGAUUAUCUACCUAUAGCUUUUUCAUGCCUUAGAGCAAUUAUGUAACUUGUAUGUAGGACUCCAGGGGCAGAAGACAGGUGCUCAUACACUGGUGUACUCAGCAGUAGCAGAUCCAGUCCUGCCAUUGACUUACAGUGAUCGUAGGGUGAGUCUUAUUCCCAAAUCCAGAAGAGUUUUAUAAUCCUACUUCUUCUGAAGGAAAAUUAUUAUUCUUCUUUUGAGAUGAUUCAUCACUGUUUUGCAAAAACCACUUUUCCACCUAACUCAUAUGACCUGGACAGAAAUCCAGCCACCAACUACCAGCUACAGCACUUCAAAGGGAUAAUAGGAACCGACAGAGAGGAAGGAGAAUUCUCCUUAGAAGGAGAAUGUGUUGUUGUUUUUUUUUCACACAGCACUAAUAUAAAUUUCCAAUAUUGCAGUACUUGCAAUCUCUGCUUUGGAAGAGUUUCAGGAAUAGAAAGUUUUGUUCAAGACCUUCUUUAUCAUUACUGCAGUGGGAGUUCUUUCAGCAGGGGAAGCUGUGAGCAGCAAAGUCUUACCAGGCCAACACCCCCAUUGCUCCUCUGGCUGCUGUUUAGUUAUGCACUUUUGAUUCUCCUGACAGAGAAAGUCUCCUCCCCAAUGGCACUCAGCGCUGCUCCAUGAGUAAGAAGGGAGAGGGCUGAAGUGGAGUGGUGCUGGUGUAGCUCCCCAUCCUGUGCAUUCACUUGAACAUCACCCCCCCUGCUCUCUAGCAGCCCAGAGAACAGGAACUCCAAACGUAGAAAACUGACAUAAAGUAGAUAACUACCAAGCCAAAAGGCCAAUCUCUUUAUCUCUCAUCAACAAAGUGAAUGCCCUGCUUUCCUCAGUGGAUCCCUGUGGCACUCAUUAAAUCUUCUCAUGUAUUAUGUCCUGGUUUUAAUAAUUUCCUUAAUGUCAAUACAUUUAAGCUGUAGAUUAGAAUGAUUGAAUCUCAUGUAAUCACACACACACUUUAAUGAAUUUUUCUUCUUUCCACUUUUAAUCUAGUGUGAUAGAUAGUGUGAAUAGAUAAUGUGCAAUAGAUAGUGUGAAUGUCUAUUCUGCAAAAAUAAAAUGGCAAUAAAAUGAAUUAUUCACUACUGCA